AUGACUAAAACGAUAAAGCAAAAAAACAAUAAACAUGCUAUUAAUUCGAAUAUUGAUGAAAACAAUUCUAGGUUGAAUCGAGAGACAAGAAUCAAUAAAAACAAUAAUAGACUCCCCACAGAUAUAAAACCAACUUUCCCUCCAACCUUAACAGCAAAUGAUCUCAUCAAAAAUGCCAUUAAAUCUAACAUACCUAACAAAAGUAGAGCAAUAACAUUUCCAUACUCUUUUAUCGCGUAUAGGAUGGCAUUAACCAAUGAAUAUCCUGAAGAUGCCAAAUCUUUAUAUAAUCAAAAAAACGUUCAAAUUAUAUAUGACAGGCAUAUGGUUGAUCAAAACGACCAACUUGCGAGGGGUGGCGCGGAAUCGGCUUACAUCGAUCAAGAUGCUGAAGUCAGUACCUUUACACAAAAUUCAUCUCGUCUUAAUGAUUCUUCUCCCAAUUAUAGAUUUUACGAAGAUCCUGGACAGAAUUCAGCUGAUCGAGAAUUAUUUUAUAUACUUGAUUUUCAUUACAAAAUGGAUAUAUUUAGAAACGAAGCGGUUGAUAAGGAUAAGAAAUUAUAA